AGUUGGUGGGCGGGCCGCCGUACGCGGGGCCCAUAAUACCACAAUUAAGCAUGGCGGCUGCAUACCCGGCGAAUGGGAAGCGGUUAUUCCUACAGUAUCUGCGGAAAGCCUCGCCUUCAUUUUUCGCCUCGGCGCCUUGUCGGCAUCGUCAUUACAAGAAGAAAUGGGCAGCCACUGCUCCUCAGACGAAUAAUACCAGAGUGGCUCUCCAGAUCUUUGACAUGAACUACGGAGACCAGUUUGGCAACCUCUGGCCCUCAAUCCGCAUCAGUCUCCUGUCAAUGCAGAAAUAUGGGGCCCUAGUCAACAAUUUCUCUGAUGCCCAGCAGGUCAUCCGGGGUCUGGAAGACCUGAAUACAGUAGAUUUCAUCCAAGAAUCUCAAAAAGUAAUUGAGGAACUAGAUUCUACCAAUGAAGAAGAUGACUGUGUGCCAACUUCAUCCCCGCAAAUUCAGACAGAACUUUCAGAGACUCAAGCACAGCAUUUUCCUUCUGUCAGUCCUAACAUCAAAUGUUACACAUUCCCCAAAGGAGACAUCAGCCGUUUUCAUCAAGCCAAGCCAGACAUUGUAGGAAUUCUUGGUUACUAUCUCCUGGAUGCUGCCUCAGUUUUACCUGUUUUGGCUCUCAAUGUACAGCCUGGAAACAUAGUCCUUGACCUUUGUGCAGCACCAGGGGGGAAGAUGCUGGCACUUUUACAGACUGGGUGUUGUCGUGAGCUGGCAGCCAACGAUCUCUCUGUUUCUCGCACUGGCCGGCUACGUAAUGUCCUCUGCAGCUAUCUUCCCAAAGAGAUCCAUAAUAUAGUGCGGGUUACCUCUUGGGAUGGAAGAAACUGGUGUAAUACAGAAACAGAUACUUAUGAUAAGGUACUUGUUGAUGCGCCAUGCACAAAUGAUCGACAGUCAGUCUUGGAAGAAGAUAACAAUAUAUUUACAUAUGCAAGGAAAGGGGAACGUCAGAUGUUGCCGAUGCUCCAGCUGCAAUUGCUUAUAGCUGGAGUCCUUGCUGCUAAGCCAGGAGGAGAGGUGGUAUAUUCAACAUGUUCUUUGUCUGAACUCCAAAACGAGUAUGUGGUUGAGAGAGCGGUGGAGUUACUAAACAUCCAGUACAGCAUCAGUGUGAGAGUGGAGGACUUGAGCCAUUUUCGGAAGCUGUUCCAGAACACAUUUUCUUUCUAUCCAAAUUGUAGACUUGGAGAACUUAUCCUGCCCCACCUCACAGCUAACUUUGGACCCAUGUAUUUUUGCAAAUUGCAUAGAAUGAAUUAGAAUGGAGAAAGAAUGGUAUAAAAGGAAGAAAAAGAUUUCCCACAUGUUAUUAAACAUAUUUUUAAUAGGUGCAAUGGCAUUUACAAAAAGCCAUGGAUACUUUGUUUUAUAGGUUACAUCUUUGGGCCCUUUACAUGUCAUUCAGUUCCUGAACUUUGCAAGGAAAUACUUCUCUGCAUAAGCAGCCCAACAAGAUAGGAAUUCCAUUUACAUGCUUCCAAUAAGUUGCAUUUACAUACAUCUAAAUACAUAAAUACUUGUGUGCUUGCAUCACAAUCUUGGGUUAUACCAUAUAUGUAGAGAAUAUCCAGACGGAGAGUAUCCAGAUGUGUAAGGGCUUCAGCUUUCAGAAAUCUUCAUAUGGUAUCCUGUCUGGGAAUUUGGGGAGUUGUGACCCCAGUGCCUCUGGAGGUUGCCAGGCUGGGAAUGGUUGUAUCAGAGACAUUUCUGCCAUGUGUGUCAUCUAUCUGGGUAAUCAGGUUUUCAUUAACUAUAGUAUGAUCUAUCUAACAUUUAAAAUGGCCCUCAUAAGUGUUGAACAUGAUAUGAAAAGCAUUAAAUAUUGCAAAGGUGA